AGAUCCAUCCCGCAGUAAUCGUGAAUUGCAAAACGAGAGUCCGAUACAUCCCCAGGGCACAGCAUGCGUCUUACACACAUACGGUUAUGCUAGACUCAUACAAUAAUUCGGAGGUGAAAGAGUAGGAAUCAGAAUGAACCAUUAAACGUAUAAACUGCGCUCAAGAACGAUCUAAGAUACCGUGACAUUGUGUUUUAACGCAUCGGUUUGAUGAUAAAUAACUGGUAAAUCGUACGAGAGUAUAAAAUGACCCAAUCGUUGACCUUUGCCGCGAUUGUCGUGAUCGUCGGGAUCUGUCAGGUUGAAUACACCAGUGCCAGAGUGACAAUGAGACCACCUUACAUUCAGUGCCAAAGUAACUCCGAAUGUUUGCCGGGGAAUUGUUGUUCAAUUGGACAAAACAGAUUUAGCAUCCCCCAGUGCAAGCCGAUGCAAGACCAGGGUGGUGUCUGUCGGCCCCGUGGACCGAUGACCUCGAACACGACCUUGGUGUAUCCAGAUGGCUCACAAGUCCAACUUGUCGAAGUUCACAUCGGCUUUUGCCCUUGUGGGUACGGACUGACGUGCAACCCUGAGGAGGGCCUAUGCAGAGACCCAAGCCAGCGACGAGGCUUCAACAGCUUGUUGGACGAGGCAAGCGUUCAGGAUGACUGAGUUAAAAUAAAAUGCGAAAACUAUCGGACUCACGAUGAAAAAAUGCACGUUCUAAAGAACCCCACCGACCUUCGUCCAACGAUGCUAUUGCGAAAAAAACUUACGAUGUAAAUAUCGAAUAAUAAAAUCUACAAUAAUAAUCGA